AUUUAAAAGCUAAAACUCACUGUGCUUAGCAUUAGAAUCAGCCGAAUGCCAUGCCUUCUCUUAAGGUGAAACGGUACUCGGGCAUUUUCCAACAAGGUAAAGAUGAUCCUCUUUGAUAAUUUCGACUUACAUUCCAGGUGAUUUAUUUAUUUAUUCUUUUAAAAAAGCCAUUUCAGCAGAAAUGAGCUGCAAUAUGCAAACUUGCAGUACAAAUGGAAUGAUUAAAAACUUAACUUAGAAAUAAAUUUUUUCUGCUUGAAUCAAAGGGAUAUAAAUCAAAGAAACUUCCAACCAGAUGAAGUAAAAAGAAAAGAAAGAAAAAGUAAAUUUGGGUAAUGAGAGAGAGACAAAAAGAAAAAGAAAAAGAAAUAUCAAAGCAAGCAGCAGAUAUUAUCCUAACAAGUAGAGUGUAGAGUAUAUAGAGACGAAGAAAAACUAAACAAAGAAAAAAAUUGGAGAGGAAGGAAAAGAGCAUACAUAGAAUAGCAGAGAUGUUGGGAAUCGGUGGUAUCACUGCUCCUCAUCCUCAUCCUCUUAUAAGCCUAAGCCUGAGGUCUCAAACCCACCGAUGUGUCCUCUUGAAUUUUGGUUUCAAAAGUAGUAAAUGGGUUUUUGCUGCCCAUAGCUGGACUCACGACGACGACGGAAACGACGAUUCCGACCAGGAUAACACUUCAGUUAUUCCACUUACUGCCGCUUCUCCAACCCCAUCUACUAUGGGAGCAUUUGGGAAACUGAAAGCACAAAAGCUAAAAGUGCUCAUGAGAAGAGCUGAAUCCAUGAAACAAAAGGUCACAAAAAAUGUGCAUGUACCGCCCAGAGCUGAUCCACAUUUUCACGACUCUGUCAUCUCAGAUACCAACUCAAAUUCAACAGCUUCUGUAACUCAAGGUUCUGCAGAGACAAUAGUAACCAGGGCAGGAAAGGACAUUAAGAGCUUCAGUUCCAGUGUUAAACAUGACAAACAUCAGAUGUCAGAUCAUGUUUUCAGAAGAUCUGGAGCAGAAGGUUCAGCUCCUGCCACUUCUUCUUACUUCAGCGGGUGGGCUAAUGUAGGUCUCACUACAAAGUCAAUACAUCGACAACAUAAAUUUUCUGCUGAGAAUGACUUCUUUAGUAGAAAAUCCUUUAGGGAUUUGGGUUGCAGUGAAUUUAUGAUUGAAUCUUUAAAGGGGCAGGGUUUCCUACGCCCUUCGCCGAUCCAGGCCAUGUCAUUUACACCUGUAAUUGAGGGGAAGAGCUGUGUCAUAGCAGAUCAAAGUGGAUCAGGAAAGACAUUAGCAUAUCUUGUUCCUAUAAUACAGCGGUUAAGGCUGGAAGAACUCCAAGGACUUGGUGAAUCCUUUCCACAAAGUCCUCAAAUACUUAUAAUGGUGCCCACUGCUGAGCUGGCUUCUCAGGUUUUGUACAAUUGCCGAUCAAUGUCAAAAUUUGGGGUGCCAUUUCGGUCUAUGGCCGUGACCGGGGGAUUUUCCCAGAGAACUCAGCUGGAAAAUCUAGAACAAGGUGUUAAUGUUCUAAUUGCAACACCUGGUCGUUUCAUGUUCCUAGUUAAAGAAGGAUUCUUGAAGUUAUCAAAUCUGAAAUGUGCUGUGUUGGAUGAGGUAGAUGUACUUUUUAAUGAUGAAGAGUUUGAGGUUGCACUGAAAAGCUUAAUGAAUGCUUCACCAGUUCGCUCACAAUAUCUAUUCGUAACUGCAACUUUACCAGUAGGUGUAUACAACAAGCUUAUUGAGAUCUUUCCUGAUUGUGGAGUGGUCAUGGGACCUGGUAUGCAUCGUACAAGUGCAAGGCUUGAAGAGGUUCUUGUAGACUGCAGUGGAGAAAUUGGAGCAGAUAGGACUCCAGAAACGGCAUUUCUCAAUAAGAAAUCUGCUCUUCUGCAGGUAGUAGAGCAAAGACCUGUUUUGAAGUCGAUUGUUUUUUGUAAUAAGGUAAGUAGAGCACCAUGUGAAUGGUACUUAAAUACUUUUAAUUUACUUGUUGGAACUAUUACACAUCACAUUUUGCCUCCUAAACAGAUCGAGACAUGCAGAAAAGUAGAGAAUGUAUUAAAACGUUUUGAUAGAAAAGGAACACGUAUUCGAGUUCUUCCAUUCCAUUCUGCCAUGGCACAAGAAUCACGGCUUGCAAACAUGAAGGAGUUCACAAAACCUCAUUCUGGAAAGUACUCACUAUUUUUGGUUUGCACUGAUAGAGCAUCACGUGGAAUUGAUUUUGUUGGUGUGGAUCAUGUUAUACUCUUUGACUUUCCACGUGAUCCAAGUGAAUAUGUGCGGCGUGUAGGAAGAACUGCCAGAGGUGCGAAUGGGAAGGGCAAGGCAUUUAUCUUUGUGGUUGGAAAACAAGUUUCCCUUGCACAAAAGAUAAUGGAGAGAAAUCAAAAAGGUCACCCACUGCAUGAUGUGCCAUCGGCAUAUGAGCUUAUGAGUUAAAAAUUUGCAUGUUUGAACAAAAAAGUGAAUGAUCGAUUGGCUAAGAUGUUAAAUGAUGAGCAUUUUUAGCUAUCACCUUUGCGCCUGCCGAUGCAUGUUGUCGAUUAUUCAAUGCAUGGCAUACAAAAUGCUGAAAGUUACCAGUAGAUUCAGUAAAUUCUGCGAUGACCAAAUUAUGCUGCAAGUUUAAUAUUGCCUUCCUCGCUUAGUUUCUAUGGGAUAAGCACGACCGAAUUCUCUAGUGGGAUACACUCGAUAAACCUGAUGAUAGAUUACUGGUGUUGAAGAUGUUUGAAAGUUGCAAAACUUUAGUUCUUUUAUCCAUUUUCCUUUGAUACACACAA